AUGGUAGUGGAGAAGGCGGGCUCAAGCCCCUCAAAAACCACAGGUGACAGGGUCCCCCGGCAGCAGGAGCCACUGGGGCAUGCGAAGAAAAGCAAGCAGCAGGUCUCCGAUGGAUUCACUGUUAAAGCCAUGAUGAAAAACACUGUGGUAAGAGGGCCUCCACUUGCAGGAGCAUUUAAAGAAAGACCAACAAAGCCCACAGCAUUUCGCAAGUUUUAUGAGCGAGGAGACUUCCCAAUUGCCCUUGAGCAUGAUACUAAAGGAAAUAAAAUCAACUGGAAGGUAGAGAUUGAAAAGCUGGACUAUCAUUACUAUCUGCCUUUGUUUUUUGAUGGGCUUUGUGAAAUGACAUUUCCAUAUGACUUUUUUGCUCGUCAAGGAAUCCAUGACAUGCUGGAACAUGGUGGAAACAAGAUUCUUCCUGUCAUUCCUGAGCUCAUUAUCCCAAUAAAAAAUGCACUGAGCCUUCGUAACCGACAGGUCAUCUGCGUCACGCUGAAAGUCCUCCAGCACCUGGUGGUGUCAGCUGACAUGGUGGGGGAGGCCUUGGUGCCCUAUUAUCGGCAAAUCCUCCCGGUCCUAAACAUCUUUAAGAAUAUGAAUGUUAAUUCAGGCGAUGGGAUAGACUACAGCCAGCAGAAGCGUGAAAAUAUUGGAGAUCUGAUUCAAGAGACUCUGGAAGCCUUUGAACGCUGUGGUGGAGAAACUGCUUCUAUAAACAUUAAAUACAUGAUCCCUACUUAUCAGUCGUGCAUGUUAAAAUGAGCUGUAUCAAAUGGGAUGAUUCCAUUUGUGCUCUAAUAAAACUGUAUCUGACUCUGUGUGGCAUCUUGUUAGUCAUGCUUUUUUUCUCUACAGCUGCUAAAAUAGUGGCUUCUGGGGCAUUAGAGUGUUAGCACUAUUGUGAACAAGGCUUUCCAAUACAUAAAUAGUGCCUGUUCCUUUGAUU